AUGACAGGUAUAUGUGAUAGCAAAGACAUGAAUCCCCGACUCAAAACAUAUAUAUAUGAGCGAAAUCAUGCCUUCAUUUUAUUCAUAUCAGAAGAAAAAGAAAAAAUGAAUUAUGAUCCUCUCGUGGAUUCGGGAAACAAGGGCAAACAGUUUAAUAUCGAGUUUCUUGUUAUUCCCAUCCAUGGAUUUUUCGGAUUUCCAACCAACUAUCUUAGGUAUAGUCUUGUCAUAUUCGAAAAAGAAUCUAUCAAUGAUGUAAAAGCAAAAAUUCAGUGGCAUUUUCCAGAAGAGUUUAAAAAUAUUCCUUUUAAUAUUCGAGUAUCUGAUCCCAAGGUCAAAACAUACAAAGACAUGAAAUUGCAAGAUAAAGUUAGUGAUUAUUUUGAUAAAAACCUGUAA